AUGAAAGCCACUCCCUUGAUCAUCAACUGGCACCACGAAAAUAACCCGUAUCCUAUCUAUUCUGCCCAUUUUGAACCCGGAGGCAAGGGCCGCUUAGCUACCGGCGCCGGAGACAACAAUGUUCGACUAUGGAGAAUAGAGGAGGAUGGCGAGGAGCGCAGGGUCGAGUACCUGGCAACCCUUUCCAAACACACACAAGCAGUCAACGUCGUCCGCUGGGCUCCCAAAGGUGAACUCCUUGCCUCUGCCGGUGACGACGGCAAUGUCAUCUUGUGGGUUCCAUCAGACACUCAUCACGCGACGUUCGGAAACGAAGGCCUCGAAGACAAGGAAACAUGGAGGACAAAGCACAUGUGCCGGUCCCUGGGCACGGAAAUCUACGAUCUUGCCUGGUCCCCGGAUGCUGCUUUUUUCAUCAUUGGCAGCAUGGACAACGUUGCGCGUAUCUAUAACGCUUCGACGGGCACCCUCGUGCGCCAGAUCGCCGAGCAUAGCCAUUACGUCCAGGGCGUUACGUGGGAUCCUCUGAACGAGUACAUCGCAACACAAUCCUCCGAUCGAUCGGUACAUGUCUACUCACUCCGGACAAAGGAUGGCCAGUAUACCCUCACCAACAACCACGAUGACAAGCCACCAAAGAUUGCCAGCCACGCCAAAACAGAUCUCCCUCCUCGCAGGAUAUCUUCUCACAGCCCAGCUCCGCCCGAGUUCGGUAACCGGUCCGCUUUUACGUCCUUGGAUCCCAGUGCUAUUGCUGGAUCCCCAAAUCCUUCCAUCCCAGGUACUCCCACUUCGAUGGCCCUGCCUAUGAACCCUCCCAGUGUCAUCAGCCACAGCCGGAGAUCUUCGUUCUCGUCCAGGAGAUCGGUCUCACCCGCACCGUCCAUGCCUUUGCCAGCUGUUAUGCCUAUUGAGGCUUCUCCUAAACCGCAUUCUUCGAGCUACGGCCUGGGCAUGAAGAAUGCCAGUUUGUAUGCCAAUGAGACUCUUACUUCCUUUUUCCGGAGACUCACCUUCACACCUGACGGCAGUCUGCUUUUGACACCUGCCGGUCAGUAUCAGACUCAGCAUCAGGUGGAUGGGGUGAAACCUUCGUACGAGGUCAUCAACACUGUCUACAUAUACACGCGGGGUGGCAUCAACAAGCCGCCUAUUGCCCAUUUGCCCGGGCACAAGAAGCCGUCUGUCGCCGUUAGAUGCUCCCCGAUCAUCUACACCCUGAGACAGUCGCCACCCAUCACUAAGCACAUCACCAUUGAUACUUCAUCGGCCGAGGAGCCGAUACCUUCACUUCCUGAGCCACUAGCGAAGCCCUCAACAGCUCCGUCAGUGAUGGAGCCACCACCACCUCCUGUGCCCACCGAAAACUCGGCUUCAGGAUCGGACGCCCCCGUGCAGAGUCCUGGACCAAAGUCGGCAUUUGCGCUGCCAUAUAGGAUGGUCUAUGCUGUAGCCACCCAAGACUCGGUGCUUCUAUACGACACCCAGCAACAUACGCCUAUCUGCGUUGUGAGCAACUUGCACUGCGCCACUUUCACGGACCUCACCUGGUCGACUGACGGCUUGACGUUGCUCAUAUCUUCGUCGGAUGGGUUCUGUUCCACACUGUCAUUCUUGCCGGGAGAGUUGGGUGCACCAUAUACUGGAGAAAUUGGCCCACGACAUCCAGUGUCCUCUGGGGGAGCUUCAUCGAACCAGAACACGCCUAUUCCCAAUCCCUCGGGAGUAUUUUCGCCCCCAUCGCCGUUCCAUAACGGCGCCAACCAUCGCCAUAGGGACUCCACGAGCUCCAUUACGGCGCCUUCACCACCUGGGGCUGCUUCUUUCGUCAAUCCGCCACCUCCUUCACCCGCGCGAUCCAACUCGACUAGUUCUGCCAUCACUCAAGCUUCUGCAUCACAAGGCGGGGUUAUGACCAACCCGCCGCUUAUUUCUGGCCAAGUGCCAAGCAUCGCUGCCACCAAUUCGGGCAAGGUAACGGGCUUGCCCGUUGUGACUCCUCCCGAGACGCCACAGAGUUCGAGCAGCGGUGCCGGUUCAACCAGCUUGAAGAGGGAGUCAAGCGAUUCCCGCGAGGCGAACAACGCGGAGGAUAGCCAGAAACCUAAGCGGAGACGCGUCGCCCCUACGUUGGUCAGCGGAGGAGCAACGUCAACGGCGAACGGUUCCAGCAGUAGUGAUCUGCGCAAGGCGUAG